AUGGGUAUAUCUUGUUGUGAUAAUGUUCUACAAAGAUGCUGUAGUGUUAGAAUUAUGGAUGAUGAAGUCGAAGACAUCGUAGGGGAAGUUAAAUACACCGAUUCCCAAAAAAGUGUAACCACGUCAGUCGUUUAUUCACAAGAUUUCACAGACAGUAGUUCAGACAAAAACAACUCUUCCGGUAAAGAAACUUACGUCUUGGAAUACGACAGUGAUGAUAGUGACAAAACAUUUCAAGUCCAUAAAAGCGAGAGCAUCAUUAAUUUAUUUGCCAAAGGAUCAACAAUAAACUUAAAGCGAGACUCAAAGGAAAAUAAUCAAAUACGUUCAAUUGAUAGAUCCGUUUGCACGAGCUUACCGUUACGUAAUAUUAUAGCUCAGGAAAUAUUCACACAAACAAGUAAAACUAUUAUAGAAUUAGCUCAAAAUGAAAUAAACAUACCAUUAGCUAAGCAAACAUUGGAAACGCAAACUUCAUUCGUCUCUAUUAUAGAAAAUAAAUCAAUCGAGUACAAAAUACAAGUACUUAGAACAAAUCGUAACGAUACACCAGCAAUUAGAAACUACCCAGAUACUCGUAUGCAGACAAUAGAUCAAAAUAUAAUUAAAUCCGAUAUUCAAAAUGUAUAUUCGAUGCUUGAAAACAAUUCCAAAGGUAAGUCGCCCAUUUUCGGUGGACUAGCGAUAGAAAAUAAUACUGAUAGAAGAAGCUUAAACAAUUCAGAUGACGACGUAAUCCACUUUAUUGAAGAUGAUUCAAAAGAUAAUUCGGAAAGCAAAGUUAUACAUAACGCAGAACAUAAUUAUACAAGUGAAUUUGAAUCAAAUAAUUUUGAAUCUGACUUUGAAAAUGAUUCGUUAAUGGAAAACGAAUAUUGUUAUGAUAAAACUAGGAGAAGGGAUGAGAAUAGUGAAACAAGUGAGAUACCCAAUUGCAUCGAUAGUGAUGUUGAGGAGCUUUACAACAGGUUGUCAGAAAGUCCUCGGUUAUUAUCACCAAUUUUAUCUGCAGAGCCAGCUGUUCGAAACUUUGCUAUAUUGACUCCCCUCACAGAAGAAACUGCACAGAAAAAAGAAAGUAUCGUCGAUUUAACUCCAAGUGCUCGGACUUUAAUGAAAGCAUGUGAAUUAAACAGUAAUAAUGAUAUGUUUGUCAAUAAUUGUGGAGUAAAAGUAAAUGUAUUAUCAGAUAAUAAUAUUAGUUCAGAGGAACAAAGAAAUUUUAAGUUGCCUCCCAUUUACAACAACCAAUCGUACCCGAACAGUCCUCAUUUAAACUUUUUUAUUCCCUUAAACAAUCAAAGACCCUUCGGAAAUACAUGCAUUCUGCCAUCUUUAUAUGAUAGACACAGUGAUAAAUAUCUUGAUAGAUGGGAGAUAAGUAACAAAGAGUUGGCGUCAGGUGAAAGUCCGCGUAUUACUGGCAAAAACGAUUCUCUGAAGAUCAAAACAAAUCCUCUUCAAUUGCCAUCAAUCCAAUCAGAAAGUAUUACUAACGACGGUAACAGUAGUAUAAACUACCCUAAAAAUGUUUCAACGUCCUUGAAGCGUUCAUUACUAAGUGAUUCAUGUGAUACAAUAAGUAUUCAAGACAAAAUAAAAGAGUUAAAGAUUAGUACAAGAAAAACAAGGGCCAAAUUAUCAAGCAGAAGUGGAUCCCCUACUAGUGUAUCGUCACCUGAUGAAUCCAGAAUAUGUAACGCAGCUGAAAAGGGAUGUGAAGUUCUUUGUGUUGAACUGCUACGUAGACUGCAAUCACCUUCUUGGGUCGAAAUAACAGAAACCUUGGAGGAUUUGCCAAAAGCUCUCGAGAAAUUCUGGUCGAUUAUUACUGAAACUCGCAUAGCGGAUUUGUUAAGACAAGUGACUGGUCAUAUUGAAUCGCCAAGGACACAAGUAGCACGCGCAGCAUGCAAGACUCUAGCCGAAAUAUUAAAAAAUACUAACUACACCAAAAAACCUGACUUUUGCGAAUGUAUGUGCACGUUACUGGCGAAAACCGGUAGUUACAAUCGUCCAGUUCGACGAGAAGCGAACGUCGCUCUCGACGACAUCGUGUGCAGCGUUGACGUCACCAACUGCGUCACCGCCAUCUGCGUUUAUGGGGUCAGUCACAAGAGCGUGCUAGUCCGCUGCGCGUCCGCACGCCUCCUAGUGGUGUGUUGCGCGCUGGCGGAGGGCGGGCGGCAGAUCUUACGCACACGCCCGCCCUCCGCCGCCACCGCGCGUCGUCACGCAUUGCGAUCACUCGCGGAAUUGCUGCAGGAUAAGAAUAACGAUACAAGGAAAUACGCUGAACGCCUAUAUGCUAUAAUGCGACCGCUUCCGAAUUUCGAGGCCUAUUUUCUGACAGAUGUGGAUGUGGAAAUCGCUUCGAAGCACAUGAAGAAAUACGACCAGCUCUUAAACAACUCUAAAGCGAGGUGA